AUGGGCAACGGUCUCUUCACCCAGACCAGGCCCGAAGUCAGGCGUAUCAUCCCAGAGGCCAAGCCCGGCACCAAGGUGGUGAAGGUCGUGUACGUCGUCCUGGAGGCUCAGUACCAGUCCGCUCUCAGCCAAGCCGUGCGGAACAUCAACCGGACGCGCAAGGACCUGAACGUCGAGGUCGUUGGCUACCUUGUCGAGGAGCUCCGUGACGCGGACAACUACGAGAUGUUCCAGAAGGACCUGGAGGAUGCGAAUGUCUUCAUCGGUUCGCUCAUCUUUGUUGAGGAGUUGGCCCAGAAGGUGAAGGCCGCCGUGGAGGCCCAGCGUGACCGCAUGGAUGCCGUGCUCGUCUUCCCGUCCAUGCCCGAGGUGAUGCGGCUGAACAAGCUGGGGACAUUCUCCAUGUCCCAACUCGGCCAGUCCCAGAGCGCUAUUGCCCAGUUCAUGAAGAAGAAGCGUCAGGAGGCGGGCUCGGGCUUCGAGGAGAGCAUGCUGAAGCUCAUCCGUACCCUCCCCAAGGUGCUCAAGUACCUGCCCACGGACAAGGCUCAGGACGCGCGUAACUUCAUCAUGAGCCUGCAGUUCUGGCUCGGAGGCUCACCUGACAACCUCGAGAACUUCCUCCUCAUGAUUUCCAACUCGUACGUGCCUGACGCGAAGAAUCUCGGGAUCACCUUCAGCGAUCCGGUUGUGUUCCUCGACACGGGUAUCUGGCAUCCGUUGGCGCCGACCAUGUACGAUGACGUGAAGGAGUACCUCAACUGGUACGACACCCGCAAGGACCUGCCGGCGAACCUCAAGGGCGACAAGGCUCCGGUGGUCGGAGUUAUCCUGCAGCGCAGCCACAUCGUGACGGGCGACGACGCGCACUACACCGCUGUGAUCAUGGAGAUGGAGGCUCGCGGCGCCAAGGUGGUGCCGAUCUUCGCGGGCGGGCUUGACUUCUCGAACCCCGUGGAGCGUUUCUUCAUCAACCCCAUCUCCAAGAUGACCAUGGUCGAUACCGUGGUGUCACUCACCGGUUUCGCGCUCGUAGGAGGCCCCGCCAGCCAGGACCACCCGCGUGCGGUGCAGGCGCUGCAGAAGCUGGACGUGCCGUACCUCGUGGCGUUGCCGCUGGUGUUCCAGACUACUGACGAGUGGAUGGAUAGCUCCCUUGGCCUGCAUCCGAUCCAGGUUGCUCUGCAGGUCGCCCUCCCCGAGCUUGACGGUGGUCUCGAGCCUAUUGUCUUCUCUGGCCGCGACAGCCGGACCGGCAAGUCGCACGCCCUGUACGACAGGGUGGAGCAGCUGUGCACCAGGGCGGUCAAGUGGGCCGAGCUCAGGCGCAAGCCCAAGGCCGAGAAGAAGCUCGCCAUCACGGUGUUCAGCUUCCCUCCCGACAAGGGCAACGUGGGCACGGCGGCGUACCUGAACGUGUUCUCUUCCAUCCACUCCGUGCUCACCGAGCUCAAGAAGGACGGGUACAACGUGGAGGGCCUGCCCGAGAACUCGGGGGAUCUCAUCGAAGAGAUCAUCCACGACAAGGAGGCCAAGUACAACAGUCCGGACCUCAAUAUCGCGUACAGGAUGCCGACCCGCGAGUACGAGCGCCUGACGCCGUACCACAAGGCGCUGGAGGAGAGCUGGGGCAAGGCCCCCGGGAAGCUCAACUCGGACGGGCAGAACCUGCUGGUGUACGGGCGCCAGUUCGGGAAUGUGUUCAUCGGCGUGCAGCCUACCUUCGGGUAUGAGGGCGAUCCCAUGAGGCUGCUGUUCUCCAAGUCCGCGUCUCCCCACCACGGCUUCGCCGCGUACUACACCUUCUUGGAGCACAUUUUCGAGGCUGACGCCGUGUUGCACUUCGGUACCCACGGUUCUUUGGAGUUCAUGCCCGGUAAGCAGGUGGGCAUGAGCGACAUGUGCUUCCCCGACUCGCUCAUUGGCAACAUCCCGAACGUGUACUACUACGCUGCUAACAACCCCAGCGAGGCGACGAUCGCGAAGCGCCGCAGCUACGCCAACACGAUCAGCUACCUGACCCCGCCCGCUGAGAACGCGGGGUUGUACAAGGGUCUGAAACAGCUCAGCGAGCUCAUCUCCUCCUACCAGGGGCUCAAGGACACCGGUCGCGGGCAGCAGAUCGUGAGCUCCAUUAUCUCCACCGCGAAGCAGUGCAAUCUGGAUAAGGACGUGGAGCUCCCCGAGGAGGACGCGGUGUUGGAAUCCGAGGAGAGAGACACGGUCGUCGGCAGAGUGUACGGCAAGCUGAUGGAGAUCGAGUCCCGUCUGCUCCCCUGCGGCCUGCACGUGAUCGGCGAGCCUCCGUCCGCCAUGGAGGCUGUGGCUACCCUGGUGAACAUAGGUGCGAUCGACCGCCCCGAGGAGAAGAUCCGGGGCCUGCCGGGCAUUCUUGCCCGCUCCGUUGGUCGCGACAUUGAGGACGUGUACCGCGGGAACGACAAGGGUAUUCUCAAGGACGUGACUCUCCUGAACGACAUCACCCAGGCCUGCCGCACGGCCAUCACCGCGUUCGUCGAGCAGACGACCAACAGCAAGGGGCAGGUGGUGGACGUGGCUUCGAAGCUGGGAUCCGUGUUCGGGCUCAGCUUCAACGAGCCGUGGGUCAAGUCCCUGAACCAGACCAAGUUUGCUGGCGCGGACAAGCAGGAGAUGCGCACGCUGUUUGAGUUCCUGGGCUUCUGCCUGGAGCAGGUGACUGCGGAUAAUGAGCUGGGCGGGCUCAAGCAGGCUCUGGAGGGCAGGUUCGUGGAGCCUGGGCCAGGUGGUGACCCGAUCCGUAACCCCAAGGUGCUGCCCACAGGGAAGAACAUCCACGCGCUCGACCCCCAGGCUAUCCCCACCACCGCGGCCAUGCUGAGCGCCAAGAUUGUGGUGGACCGUCUGCUGGAGCGCCAGAAGGUGGAGAACGACGGCAAGUACCCCGAGACCAUUGCGCUGGUGCUGUGGGGCACGGACAACAUCAAGACGUACGGCGAGUCUCUCGGCCAGGUGCUCAGCAUCGUUGGCGUGCGCCCUGUGCCUGACGCUCUGGGCCGCGUGAACAAGGUGGAGGCGAUUCCGCUGGAGGAGCUGGGCAGGCCCCGUGUGGACGUGGUGGUCAACUGCUCUGGCGUCUUCCGCGACCUGUUCAUCAACCAGAUGAAUCUGCUGGAUCGCGCCAUCAAGCUGGUGGCGGAGCUUGAUGAGCCUGACGAAAUGAAUUUCGUGCGCAAGCACGCCAAGGAGCAGGCCGCCGAGCUCGGCCUCUCCGUCCGCCAGGCUGCCACUCGCGUCUACUCCAAUGCCUCGGGCUCCUACUCCUCCAACGUUAACCUGGCCAUUGAGAACUCAUCGUGGAACGACGAGAAGCAGCUGCAGGACAUGUACCUCUCUCGCAAGUCGUUUGCCUUUGACUCGGAUGCCCCCGGUGCCGGCAUGGCUGAGAAGAGGGAGAUUUUCGAGAAGGCCCUGGCAACUGCCGAUGCCACGUUCCAGAACCUGGACUCUAGCGAGAUCUCGCUCACUGAUGUCAGCCACUACUUUGACUCCGAUCCCACCAAGCUGGUGCAGAGUCUGCGCACGGACAAGAAGAAACCCAGCGCCUACAUUGCCGACACCACCACUGCCAACGCCCAGGUGCGCACUCUGUCUGAGACAGUGCGUCUAGACGCGCGCACCAAGAUGCUGAACCCCAAGUGGUAUGAGGGCAUGCUGUCCAGUGGCUAUGAGGGCGUCAGGGAGAUUGAGAAGCGCCUCACCAACACCAUGGGCUGGUCCGCCACCUCCGGCACUGUGGACAACUGGGUGUACGAGGAGGCUAACUCGACAUUCAUUGAGGAUGAGGAGAUGCAGAAGAGGCUGCUCGAGACCAACCCCAACUCUUUCCGCAAGCUUGUGGCUACCUUCCUGGAGGCCAAUGGCCGUGGUUAUUGGGAAACCACUGAGGAUAACAUCGACAGGCUCAGGCAGCUGUACCAAGAUGUGGAGGACAGGAUUGAGGGCAUUGAUACAUAA